CACACUCCCCAUUUCUCCUACCACGCAGCCCGCUCUCAGUUUUUUCAUAGCUCAAUCUGUUUUCUAAAGCAAUUGAAGCUUUGUUAAGCACAUGUUACAAAUUCCAUUUGAAUUAAUUUAAGAAUCCCACAACACCUAUAUGCAGAUUCUUAGUCACCUCUGCUUCUUACUAGUUUUCUGCUCUGUUCUUGAAUUACGUAAGAGGGUUUUGCAGUAUUUUCUGGGGUUUGUUUUGAUGGAUUCUCUUACUUGUCUUAGCUCGUACUUGAAGCAAUUGAGUUGUAAUUCAGAGUUUGGAUGUGGGUUUUUGAUCUUUUGGAGUUAUAAGCAGAUUUUAAAAGUAUUAGGACUGUUUCUAUUAUUGGGUUUUGGGCUGAAAUUAAUAAAGUUCAGAUUUUUAUGCGAUUCUGGUGGAAAGUCAGGUUCUUCGAGGAAGGGGAUUUGUGAAACUCAUGGUUUCGAUGUGAAAUGCAGUUCAAAAAUUUCAUCUUGCAAAUUUAAGCCACUGAAGCAUGUGCAUGAUUCAGGUUCCCCUGUAGUAGACAAAUUGGAAAAAACCAAGCUUUUGAAUUCUGACGCUGAUGGUCAGUAUGAGGCCACCAAUGUUUGUAGUGAAGAGUGUAAUAAAGAUAAUGAUGAUGGCGAUGAUGACGAAAACGAGCAUUGUGAUGAAGAUAAGGAAGUUGAUGUAUUGGCACUGAGAAGAUUGAUCAAGGCUGAAAGGCGCAGAGCAAAUUCAGCUCUGUUGGAACUUGAGAAGGAGAGAAUGUCAUCUGCCACAGCUGUUGAGGAAUCAAUGGCAAUGAUUUUGCGCCUGCAAAAUGAGAAGAGUUUAAUUGAAAUGGAAUCUAGGCAGUACAGAAGAUUGGCUGAGGAGAAGCUGCUUUAUGAUGACAAUGUUAUUAGCUCAUUGCAGUGGCUUGUAGAGAGGCAUGAAUCAGAAAGGGCUGUGUUGGAAGACCAGUUGAGAUUAUGUGAACAAAAAUUAAGGCUUUUCAUGAAGAGUAAUGAAAUGGACGAAUUCGAAGAGGUUGAGGAAUCUGUAAGCUCUUCCAGCGACAUUUAUGAAGAUGCUCUUGAUUUGUUUAGUUCUAUUGACAUGGAUUCAUCGCAAGAGUAAGCUUUUCAACAGACAUUACAUUGAAGCCUUGCCUGUUCUGGGUGGGUUCUAACAGCAACUUCAAGAACAAAGUGGACAUGCUGGCAGUUUAAAAUUGUGGAACCUCUUAUAAUGUAAUCCAUGAUGCUAUUGUAUAUGCAAUUUGGUAAAGACAUUUGACACUUAAAUACAUUUGCAUGUUUUAGA